GAGAUUCGGGCACAAUGGCUUCCUUCUGGAUUUUCUCAAUCCAGUUGCUCCUGCUGAUCUCCGUUGCAUCUGCAUCACAUUUCACUGCAGGCACUGUUAGGGUCGUUCCCAAAGAAAAACAACUGAAUGGAUCCAUUAAGGUGGACAUAUAUUUCAGGCAAACUUACAGAAGCUGCAAUCACUAUUUUGGAGAUUGGAGAUGCUUGAAUGGUAACUGCGGAAAAAUAUCGGAAGCAAAGGAAGGUGUAAUAGACAGUAGCACAAAUUCAGCAACCAACACAAAUGCUUGGUGUGAAACAGAAGAAGUGCAGUCAAGAUAUUACCCCAAUGACGAUUCAUUUGACCUGAGGAAAGCUAGCUGCUGUUGGAUUCCAACUGUGAAUUCACAGGGGUCCUGGAGACUGUUCACACAUGUGGACUUGAGGGAAAGAUCUGAUAACGGGCAGGCGAAUGGCUCUCCAAAUAAUGCCAUCAUGACCUUCCUGAGAGUUCCUUCAAACUGCCCAAGAUCCUACCAUCUGAUGACAGAUGACCCUGAUGGUGAUCGGGUGAUUUGCAGAUACGGAACCAUCUUAAACAGAGAAUGCGCUACAUGCAAUCAACCCCAAGGUUUUGAGCUGGAUGAGAGAAACUGUGUCCUACACUACCGUUCCACAUCAUACACUGGGACGUAUGGGUUUGAGUUGGUGCUGGAAGACUUUCCAAGAACCACCAUCUCCUUGAUCUCCACAAAUGGAACUUCAACUCAGAGAUUACCUUUGCCUUCAAACAGAAACAAACGUUCAUUGUUGUUUGGGAAACAAUUACCCUUUGUGGGGGCAACAUCAGGGCCCAACCACGUAACGGCAGGCCUAACCACCACCACGGCAGGCCCAACCACCACCACGGCAGGCCCAACCACCACCCCGUACCAAACCUACCCCAGCAAACCGUAUCCUACUCCUCUCAGUCAAAUUCCUCUUCAAUUCUCCGUUCUAGUGGAUUCGCCUGCUCCGUCCUGCACUGAAGGAGAGUACCUGCCUAGGUUUGUUCACCCAACACCAAGUCAUGGAGACCAUCUGAAUGCUCAAGUCAAUGAAGAAUUUGAAAUCACAGUCAAAGCAGUAGCUCAGUAUUCAACAGUAGGUGAUAUCAUCUUCACAGGACCCCUGGGUACCACCAAACACAGGAUUGAACGGGGAGAGUUUUAUCUGAGAUGGACCCCGACUCUCCACCAAUUUGGAGACCAGGUUCCAAUUUGCUUCAUUGCGGAGGCAGCUUUUUCGUUUCAGCAGUUUCAGUCAGAAAUGCGAUGUGUUUGGGUGCAUGUUGAACAUGCUAAAGCACACGUGAUCUGCAAUGAAACCUCCAUGACAGUAGAGUUGGAGAAAGCCGCAUUUAAGGGACUAGAUGAAGAUCACCUGCGGCUAAAUGAUCCCGGCAGCACAGCCUGCAGACUACACUCCAAUGGCACUCAUGUCAUUGGUUUCAUCCCACUUAAUGAAUGUGGUACUAUGAUUAAGGAGGACGAUGAAAACCUUUUGUUCUCAAAUGAGAUCACCACCUUUGAGGAUGUCAGAGACAUCGUUACCAGGAAACAUCUUUUGGAAGUUCAGUUUUCCUGCCAGUACCCAAAGCGUGGAAACGUAUCCCUUGGGUUUACAGUCCACAGGGACAACCAGACUAUUACCGAGAAGGGCUUUGGGACGUUCACCUACAACUUUGAGUUCUACCCAGACAUCAACUUCGACACAAUGAUCAAUCCACACUUCUACCCGCUGGACUAUGAAGUUGGAGAUAAGAUAUACAUGCAGAUAGAUGCCACGACUUCAAUCAAUAACACUGUUCUGUUUGUGGAGUCCUGUAGUGCUUCACCUUACGAUAACCCCAAUUACCAGCCCACCUACCCAAUCAUAGAGAACGGGUGUGUACAGGACUCCACUGUUGUCCUCUAUCCCCCAAGUCAUAAUAAACAGUUUCGGUUUUCAAUCGAUGCCUUCAAAUUCAUAGGAUUACAUGACCAGGUGUACAUCAGCUGUUCGGUCAUUCUAUGUGAGGCUGGGAACCCCAACACCAGAUGCUCCAGGGGAUGUCUCCCAACCAACCCCAUCGGUCGGCGCAGGAGAUCGGCUGCAAUUGAAACAGGAGCGCACUUCAUUUCCCAGGGUCCUUUGCGUCUGCAAAGCACACCGGAAAACAAGAGCAGUGUAACCGGCCUGAAUCUCAACAUGGCCUUCAUCGCUGGAUGCCUUCUAGCGGCGAUUGCCAUGAUCUGUGGAGUGAUGAUUCACAAAUUCAAGAGGGCUGCUGUUCGGUAUCAGCCUUUGUCAAGCAUUGAGCAAUAGGUUAUCAGUGAACAUGGCUUGGAUAUCGAAAUGUAUGGGAAGGAUAUUGUUAAUUAGCCUCACAAAUUAAUUAUAAUAAAUAAGGAAUUCUUUCAAAGUCUGAUUAUACUAUAUAUAUUGUUAUUUCUUGUUUACUGUAUCGAGAUAUGUAAUUGGUUAUUGGUUCAUAUUAUUCUUUUAAUUCUCCAAAUAAUAAUCUCAGCUCUAACUCAUGAUGAUUAUACUAUAACAUGAUAAUUAAUAAAGCAUUUUUUCUUGUAGCUUAA